AUGAAGCAUAUGAGUAAAGAGGAGAUUGUGGCAGUGCUUAAGCUUGCCUCAAGGAUCCUCGCCGUAGUGUUAUUCUGUAACGUGGGCUUUAAACUGGUUAAGCGACAUUUCUUCCCAUAUUUGUAUUAUUGGUUGAUGAGCAGUUCAGAUGAGCUUUAUGGUGUUCUCUGGUGGCAGCGAUUUUCCAGCCUAGAGCAACUUAUAUGGAGACUAGUGGACUAUAUAGAAAUAAACUACGAUAUUGAGAUGCCCAAUCAUGUUUAA